AUGGCACGUCGUCACAAAUUACUUAAUACGAAAAUUCUGGCUGGUCAUACACUUGGUUUGGUUGAAGUAGCCUUUCAUACUACUCGUUUGAAUCGAGCAAAUAUGGAACAGCUGCCUUUUCCUGAUGAAAAUUUUCAUGAAGAUAUCGAAGAACAAUUUCUAAGAAAUAAUAAAUUUACUCUUGAACAUAUCCAUCAUUGUAAUGGACGAGCAUUUGUUCCUAAAGUUCCUGUUCAUAUUAUAUCUAUUACGGUUGAAAAUUCUCAUGGAGAUUUUCGACAAUUACUUGAUCCAUAUUUAUACUGUGUAACAAUCGAGCAUGGUUCUGUUCAAUGGUCGAUUUAUAAAAGUUAUGGAAAUUUUCAUGAUUUGCAUAAUGAAUUAAUGCAGUUCGCUAAUACAGAACGAGAAAAAUCUAUAAAUGCUUUACAACAAAAUCCAGAUGAAGACGAUAGAUAUCCAUGGUUUCCAGGAAAAAUUGGUCAAAAAACAUUGGGUAAUCAAAAGAUGCUUGAUGAAGAUUGUAAUCAUCUUGCUGCUUAUCUCAAUAAGGUUGUUACACAUCCCAAAUUUCGCACACAUCCAGCAACGCGUACAUUUUUCAAUGUAAGUUGUUUAUCAUUCGUCGAUGGUCUAUCAACAAGUCGAAAAGAAGGUUCUCUAUUAAAACAAUCCCAUUAUUACAAUCGGAGUCGUCGUACUCCCUUUGAUCAACCAUUAAUCACGAAAUUGGGUAAACAUAAUUACGAAGAAAGAUGGCUUGUUAUAAAGGAUACAUAUGUAGUUUAUAUGCAACCUGAUACAUAUGAAAUACUUUUUCCAAUAUUAGUUGAUCGUAAAUUUGAAGUGACACAUAGUCGUCAUCAUAUUGAUAAUUAUUAUAGAAUUAAGAUAAAAAAUAUACAAUGUAAAAUAGUUCUUAAAUGUCGAACAUCACUUGAAUGUGAAGAAUGGAUGCAAAAUUUUAAGAUGCUUAUUGAACAACCAUAUGGUUUUAUUGGCCGACAUGCAAAUCGUUUUAAUUCCUAUGCGCCCAUUCGAGAAAAUCAACGGGCUCAUUGGUUUAUCAAUGGCAAAUCAUAUAUGAAAGCUGUCGCUAGAGCACUUCUAACUGCAAAAGAAGAAGUUUUUAUAACCGAUUGGUGGUUGUCGCCUGAAAUUCUGAUGAUACGACCAACAGAAGACGAAACAUAUCGUCUGGAUAAUUUAUUAGCCACAGUGGCUCGUAGUGAUCGUAUGAAAACAGCAUUACAUUCUCUUAGUCAAAUCAAUGAAGAUACUGAAUCUCUUGACUUAACUUCUACCAAUGAAACACAAAUUUAUAGCAAAUCAUGGACAACCAAAUUGGACCAAUUAACGUCAGCAAGUAAGACUAAACCUGAUAUCAUAUUUAUAACAGAAAGCCAAGACAGCGACGACUCUGAUAGUGACGAGAGCUUCGACGAACAACAGUCAGUAGCUAGUAUUAUGAUUUCUGACAAUGAUAGACGUCAUCGAUUAUUCAUUGGAAAAGAUUAUGCAAACGAUUAUGAAAAAGGAUUUGAAAAAGCUGUAGCACCCUAUGAAGACAAUAUUGAUCGAAAACAUGUACCUCGUAUGCCAUGGCACGAUGAAGCUCUAGUUGUAUUUGGUCAAGGAGCUCGUGAUGUUGCAAGACAUUUUAUUCAACGAUGGAAUAUUCAUAAAUGCGAAAAAAAUUUGAACGAUGAUUCAUAUUCAUUUCUUUUACCAAAGUCAUAUAGUGAUAUCGAAGAUUUAACGGUAGAUAAUUGGAGGGAAUUUCUCGAUGAUGAACCAUUUUGUGUUGAUACUCAAUGUGUACGUUCUACUUCAUUGUGGUCAUCGGGAAUAAAAUCAACUGAAAAGUCUAUUCAAAAUGCAUACAUACAAAUGAUUGGUGCUGCUAAACAUUAUAUAUACAUCGAAAAUCAAUUCUUUAUUACUAUUGUUGGUGAUAGGCUGGUUAAAAAUGAAUUAGCUAAAGCUCUUUUUAUGCGUAUAAAACAAGCACAUGAAUCGAAAGAAAAGUUUCGUAUUUAUGUUGUGAUACCACUUUUCCCCGGUUUUGAUAGUCUCAAUGCUUUACAUGCUGUACUCUUUUUCAUAAUGCGUUCGAUUACUAAAGGUGGUAAUUCAUUAUUUUGUCGACUUGAGAAAGAAGGCAUUACACCAAGCGAUUAUAUUAGUCUUUUUGGCAUGCGUAAUUACGAUGUACUUAUGGGUCGUUUGGUCACGGAAAUAAUAUAUAUUCAUUCGAAAUUAAUGAUUAUUGAUGAUUCUAUGGCGAUAUGCGGUAGUGCAAAUAUAAAUGAUCGUUCAUUACUAGGUGAUCGCGAUAGUGAAUUUUGUAUUGUAAUAAAGGAUCGUGAAGAAGUAGAUGGUCGAUUCAAUGGAAAACCAGUUCGUGUAGGAAAAUUUUGUAUUCAGUUUGAAAAUCCAAAUAAUAUUGAUAUAACUGAUCCAGUAUCAGAUGAAUUUUACACUUAUUUUCGACAAGUAGCACGAAAGAACACAGAAAUUUAUGAAAAAGUGUUUGGCACAAUACCAACGAAUCAAAUUCGAACAUUUGCUCAAAGUUCAAAGUACAGUGACGCAAAAUAUAUGAGAGAUACAGAUCCAUUACGAGCACAAGAAGAAUUGAAAACUAUCCAAGGUUUUGUUGUUGAAUAUCCAAUUUAUUUUCUUCAUGGUGAAAACUAUUUACCUAAAAAAGGAUCUCGUGAAGGAAUAGUUCCAUUGAAAUUUGAAAGUGGUGCCUGGCCACUAUGUGAUAUAGUAUUAGGUGAUGAAAGUUGGUUUUACCAUCGAAAAAUUAAAUCAAAACAAGAAUCAAAAGCAUGGGUAGCAAAAGAAGAAAGUGCCUCAACUGAAGUUAGAAGACAAGUACCUUCUGAAACAUCAAUCAAUGCCAUGUAUUAUCGUGAUGAAUGUUUAAAAGAUUUAGUCAAAAUGUUACACAAAAAAAGACCAUUAUCAACAACAAAUCACAUUAAGCUGCAUCAUGAUAAUGCACAACCACAUAUGAAUGAUAUUGUUGUUAAUUAUCUUCAAGAAGAAAAAAUCAACGUUAUGGCUCAUCCACCAUAUUCACUUGACCUUGCUCCUUCAGACUUUUGGUUGUUCAAUUGUCUGAAACGUACCCUUGAUACAUAUCCAAAUACUACAAGUUUAGCUAAUACGUUAUCCAAAGAGCUCAAUUCAUUACCUAUUCAAGAAUACCAAAAGACAUUCCAGAAGUGGACUGAAAGGAUGAAACUUUGUAUUGAACAUCGUGGGGACUACUUCGAACAUUUACUGUAA